AUGCCACCACCUCUCGAAUGUGGGGUGAUUAAACAGAGUGAUUUUUGUGGGAAAGAAAUGGAAGAUUUUAGGAUUAUGAGACAGUAUUAUAGUAGAUUGUGUUGUUGGUUUUCAAUGAGGGAGAUUUUAGAGGCUACUGAUAAUUUCCAUGGUAGGAAUUUGAUUGGAGUUGGAUGUUAUGGGAAGGUUUACAGAGGUUUUUUGGUAGAUGGUACUCCAAUUGCUGUCAAAGAGCUAUGUUUUACCAGUGUCAAAAAAGAGCAAUUCAGACGAAUAGUGGAGGCAAUUCCAAUUAUGACUCACAAAAACCUAGUAAAGUUGAUAGGUUUUUGUGUAGAAGAAUGGGAUCUUCGUACAAGGUACAUACUUGUAAGUGAAUAUGUUGAUAAUGGCAACCUACACGAGCUGCUUCACGAAAAUGAUGUUGAAUCUAUCAGUCCUUUAACUUGGAGAAUCCGUAUGGAUAUCAUUUCAGGAAUUGCUAAAGGAUUAGCCUACUUGCAUGAAGAUGUUGGACAAAAGAUCGCGCAUAAGAAAUUACAGUCUCACCAAAUCUUGUUGGAUCGUCAGUGGAAUCCUAAAAUUUCUGAUUUUGUUGUUGCAAGACUAGAUAUGAACGAGAAAGAAGAUGUUUAUGGUUUCGGAAUACUUGUCUUGGAGAUUGUUUCUGGAAGGAAGCCUGAUAAUUAUGAUAAAGCUCGAGAAGAGGAACUAUUGAUAUGGUUGAAGUCCAUGGUAUUGAUCAAGGAUUACAAACAAGUUAUUGAUUCCAAGAUACCUCAACAACCCCCGUUGAAGGAACUCAAAAGGGUCAUCUUAACUGCACUACGUUGUGUUGAUCCUGACACGCAAAAUAGGCCUAAAAUGGGAGAAGUCAUUCACAUGCUCGAGCCAAGAGACUUGUUACUCUCUGAUGGAAAAGAUGUUUAUCGUCAAAGUUUCUCUCUAGACUCUCAAGAUUUUUCUCGUCAAUUGUCGAUUAAAGAUCAUGUUUCAGACUAUGAUCUUAGAGAUGACGACGUUUGA